AUGACAUCGAAUGUAACCAUUCGAGUGGAUGAGCCGGAAAGCGACGAAAAAGGAAAUGGUCAUCUGACACGGCGAGAUGGAUCCUUUCGUCGUACUGCCUCUAGCCGACGGUCGCGUUCCACCCCUGCCAUCGACAGUACUGUGAAUGAGGAAGCGGCCGGUGUAUCCAGGGGAAGCAGAAGGAGUCAUGGUCCGCGAGAGCACGAACCUGGAUUACGUUCGAUGCUUUACGGUCUCCAUCAAAAGCUGGAGAAAGAAGAGGCGGCGAUGAAAAAGCGACAGAGGAAACAGCACAGUAUGUUUCCUUUCCUCGUGUACCCAUCUCAGCUGCCCGCUCGUAAAACGUAA